AUGGGUUAAACAGUGACGACCUUAGAUCAAAGUAGUCAGAACACAGUACCACUCGCCAAUAAAUCCAGCAUUAAGACACUAACAGAUGAGCCUAAGUCCAUUGCUCUUGAGAGAUCUCCAAUCAAUAAAGAGCAUUCCAAAUCUACAGUUGUUGUAAAUUAAGAUGCUAUUAAGUAACAGGUAAAGAAACUAAAGGUCGUUGAUAAGCCCAAGCAGAACAGCUAAAUGAGUUCAGCCAAUAAGUUGCCUGAGAACAAAUUAUUCGUUCAGUUGAAGAAUAAAAAUAUUCAAGAAUCAAGGCUUUAAUAACACCUAGAUAAUUUCUCACUUAAUGACAUAUAAGCAGAGGAAACUGAGGGUAACGAUAAUUUAAACGAGGAGACUAAUGAAAAAACCAUGAAUAUAAGGAAAGUUGAGAUACUUUACGGUCCUCACAAAGAAAAAAUUCAGAUAAUUUAGUGGGAUGAGAAUGAUUGUAAUACUACAGGAUGGUUGUUGAGCGAAUUUAUCAGAAAGACUGAAAAUAUUGGAGUUUAGGAUUCAGCAACAACUCCUUAAAAUAGAUCCAACAAUCUUACGACUAUUGCUAUAAGAUCUCAAGAUGGAAAGUUUCUUUCAUUGGACUACUUUUUGUCUUAGGUUGAAAAACCAUUGAAAGAUCUGUUGUUCACUGAGUAAUAUGAAGCUGUUUAAAUCUAAAACAAAGAAAUAUAACAGCUGAUCUUAAGGUAAAGGAACAAUCACAUGGUUGACUGCCUAGAUAACUAUAUUAUCGAAAAAGUUAUAGGCAAGGGAGGUUUUUCAAAGGUUUUCUAAGUAAGGAACAAAAUUAAUGGCCAAAUGUAUGCCAUGAAGGUUCUUAGAAAAGAUAAGAUUAAGCAGGAUAACAAGGUAGAGUAGAUUAUGACUGAGCGUAGAAUUCUGGAGUCCGUUAAACAUCCCUUCAUAAUUCAAAUGUAUGGAGCUUUUGUCUCGAUCUUACUAGGUAUUGAGUAUCUCCACACGAAUAACAUCAUGUAUCGGGAUCUUAAGCCAGAAAAUAUUUUGCUCGACUUAGAGGGCAACAUUCGAAUCACAGAUUUUGGAUUGUCCAAGGAUGACUUUAAAAAACGCUCCAGGACUUCAUCAUUCUGUGGUUCCCCUGAGUAUAUGUCUCCUGAAAUGUUGAGCCAAGAGUUUCAUACUAGAAUGGUCGACUUUUAUUCUCUAGGUGCUUUACUAUACGAGAUGCUUACUGGACUUCCACCUAACUACUCGAGUGAUAGGGAUGAGAUGUACAACAAUAUAGUUAACUAGGAAGUCACUUAUCCUGCUUAUCUUUCAGAUGAGAGUAUUAAGAUACUUAAAGGACUAUUAUGCAAAGAUCCUUCAAAAAGAUUAGGCCAUAAAAGUGGUGUUGAAGAUCUUAAGAGGCAUGAGUUUUGCCAGGGGAUAGAUUGGCAAAGCUUAUUAAAAAGAGAGGUUAAGUGUCCAUAGAACUUCUUACUUCUGCAGUAGGGCAUUCAGGAGAACAGCCUAAAGGUUAUGAAUUUUGAUCCAGAAUAUAUCGGGAUGGAGCCGCGGCUUUCCUUGAACAUUUCUGAUGAGGAUUAAAGCAGUGUAAAUUCUAAAGAAAAGAUGUCAAAAGACCUAUGCUCAGCUAACUUUGAUAUAAUGUCCCCUUACAACAAUAAAUAUAAGAAAAUUCAGACAAAUAAAAUCAGGUCUAAAUCUAUGACUGUCCCAAAUUUUCAACGCUACCAGCAGUAAAUAUAAUAAUAGCAAUAUGAAAUUCCUCCUUCUGAAGAUGUAAUUGAUUCAGUAUCAGGUAUUACACCUAGUCAAUUCGGUAUGAUAACUCCUGGAUUUGAUGCAGGUCUGUACAGUCCUUCCAUGAUUGAGCUUCACAAGCAAAUGAAUAAUAACAUUGCUAAUUCGUUUAUGAUAUCUAACGAUAACAACAAGAAUUUUGAAAGCUCAUUACAUUCCUUCUAGACUAAUAAUCAGGGAGGUUAGAAAAAGUAGAAGGAUGCUACCAAUAGUCCUACUUUCUAAAAUUUUGAGUUUAAAAAAUAAGAAUCUGUAGUGAAGAAGCCUGCAGCUAAUUAAAAAUAAAACAAAAUAACUAUACAACUGAGGUAAAAAGUCAAGGCAAAUAGUAAUCAUGUAACUCAAACAACAACUAAAAAAGGACUAAGAUAAAAGCAUGGCAGUGGAAAAGCCAGAUACCCUGGUUUAAAUGAUGAUAUGGAUUAGACACCUAAACUUGAAGAGGAUGAAAACGAUAAGAUAUAUGAUGAGGGAGAGGAAGAUGAUAAUGACUAUACAGACUAUCAUAGGAGUGAUGAUAAGUACUCAUCAAUGAAUUCUAAGACAAUGUUUCACCAGAAUGAAGAGAUAUAUUCAUAUUCGACCUAUAAAAACAUUUUGCAAAAGGCUGGCCAACAUGAAGGCGAUGAAUACACUUCCUAUGAUGGGCCAAUCAGUAACUAUCUUCACAUUAAGAUUGACAAUCUCUAAGAUAGAAAGGGUAUAAACUACAAAAAGCAAAAGGAGAAAAUUAUAUCUCAGACUUCUAAAAAGCAAAAUGUAGAUUCGCGCAGAGAGAGUAAUUUACAAAAUAGCGAUAAGAAGCAAAGCAAUAUCACGAGAUGUUUUUCAAUGACUCCAACCAAGAAGAUGAAAAGAAAGUAUGAUGAAUAGAUUAAGAACAUGUAUUCGAAAUUCGUUUAUGUAAAGCCAACUCCAAAUACCAAAGAUGCAUAGACCAGCAGUAAAUAGCAGACUCAUUUGUAGUAAAUGAGUCCAACAAGCAGAAGUAAACUUUAGAAUAAUAUGAAAAAUCUGAAUCUCAAAAAUACACCUGUGGCUGAUCCUGGUACAAACUCCAAUUAAUCUUCAUUUGUACUAUAAAAAGGAGUUUUCCCCUUCUAAGUUCACAAUCAAAACCAGGAAACUCAUUAUUACAUGGAUCCCUAGAAAAGAAGUAGAGUGUUUUCUCCUAAUGUGCUCUCACCCAACUCUCAUUUAAGUUCAUUUGGAGUAACAAACCCAACUAAAUAGCAGUAAUAAUAAGAGCCUAAAAAGACCUCAACUGAGUAAGUAAGAUAAAAGUCUACCUUUAGAAGUGCCAAGGGAAGUAAUCAUAAUUAUCCUCACAAUUUUAUUGGAAAACAUAAAAACUCAGUGUCUAGUAAUACUAGUGUGGGUCCCGGCCAAGAGGGUAUGCAAUUCUUCAAAGGAUCUAGAUUUGCCUAUAACACUAUAUUAAAGAGGAAGUACAAUGAAGUGAUUGGAAAUGUUCUUAGUGAGAGAUAGAGGAAGCAGAGUAUUGGUACUCCUAAUCAAAACAAAACCUAGACCAGAUAGUAAAGCAAGAAUGCUGUAAGAAGCAGUCAGAGUCCUUUCAGCAAUAAAAGUGGAGUUGAAAAAUUGCAAUAGCAGAUGCUAAACCAGACUAAAACUACCAAAAGCUUUCAGUUAGGCUUUAACAAUGGCCAGGUAAAUACCUUACAGUCAUAUCUAUCUCAGCAUAAUCAAUCCAAAAUGCAGCAGAACUUCACAUAGCAAGUCAAUAAUGUGACAAUUGGAACGCAUACUGAUGAAAGCAAGCCAACUAUAUUGAGUGAUUAUUAAAUUGAUCUCACUAAUGUUUAAGCGCCGCUUGAGUCAUACAGAGAAAAUGUCACCUAAAAUGAUAAAAUUUAUGAAUCCUUCAAUGUGUUGAAAGGCAAAACUCAGCUUAAUCUGACUGAGAAAAAACCAAAGAAAGCUUUUGGAGAGAACAUGAAUAAUCUUAUCAGUCAAGCUCAUCAUUACUCAAUAAAGGAGAUUGAGAACAUAAAUGAAUAGGAUGAUGACAUAAGCUAUAAAAAUUUUCACAUGCCUAUUCGUUCACAAAGCCCCUAUAAUCUAUAAUCUCACUCAGAUAUUCAAGCAUAGAUUUUGAGUAACGGUUAGACGACGAAUGCAACAAGCAAGAAUGUUAGCGGCCAUUCAAACAACAACAUUGAGAAAGCUAAAUUAUAGACAAACUAAUCAGGCAUUAUAAAUUAGAAUAUGACUCCUACGAGUGAACUAAGGGACCCAUCUAGAUUUAACUUUGAUUAAUCAGUCUAAAGUUUGAAUUCAAAAUCAAACUACAACAACAAGACAACCAGUAAGAAGCCACCGAUGGUCAAAAUCAUGGAUAAGAAUCAUAAGAGAUUACAAUCACCAUCCUCAAACCUCGCAAAGGAGAGGAAGUUAACUUAAAAAAUAUAAACUGGUGCGUCUGGAAAUGAAAGUGAGAGGAUGAUUUCAGCUCGGAAAAAUUCUUAGACAUCUGGUGGAUCUGGAACGGCAACAGCUUUAAAGUCAAGCAAGUAUUCCAUUAAUAAAAUAUUCAAUCCAAAGAAAUCAACAAAUAAUGUCAGCCAGUACUCAGGCAAUAGUAAUAAUGGAUCAAUUUAGGGCUCUAUCCCUAGGUCAAAGACUAGCUUCUAAUUUUCAAGUUAAUCAAAAGUGAUACCAAAGAAGAACCCUCCUCUUUAAACAAACAAAGGAAACUAAAAAGCAAAGCAUUCACUAUAAGAUAUUCCAAGUGAUGCCAUGUGCAUUAGAAAUGAUCAUGAGCUCGUAAAGAAAUUGGCUAACGAAAGAGUGAAGGAGAUUCAAAAUAAGUUCUUUAUGAAUAGGGCUACCCCCUCAUCAGAAAAACAGAGCUUAUCUAAGAGCAAUAUGGCAAGUGCCAAUUCGACAAUCAAUCAUACUCUGAAUCAUACAAAGGUGAGAAACUCGCCAAGAGCUGUGAAUAUGAUAUCGGAUCAUCACAAGUCUAACAAAUCUGUCUAAGAUUAUUCUUAAUCAGCAAGAGGACUUAAAAAGGUGGAAGACUUCAGCAUAAACAACACAAAUAUUGAGUUUUAGCAUAAUAAGGAAGCAGAUAUUUCACAUAAAAGCUCUAAAUAGUCCAUUAACUAUUCAACUAAGUCGAUUCCCAUUUAGAUUCAUACUCAUCAGAGUCUUAACUAGAUUAAUACGUUCUUGACAGGAGCAAGCCACACUACUGGAAUAAACAAGCCACAUCACACACUAAACCCAUCAAAUAGAGAUGCAGAAAUUAACUACAGUGUGAUUAUGAGGACAUUACCCAAUACUAAUGGAGUAAAUAGCAAUUUAAACACUAAAACGCAUAAUUCAAGCAGCAAUAAUAGCAGCAGUAACAAUGCUUUGCUGAAAAAUCAGCAAAUUAGGAUAAGCUCUGUAAAUUAGAUCAAGUCUUUUGUUGAGGUGUAGAAGUAGACCAGUACUCUUAAAAAAGUCUAAUGA